CGCGCUGACGUCGGUGAGGAAGGCGUUGCGGUCCGCGCGAGCUACAGAACGAGCGAGGGGAAUCAAGAUGGCGGACCUCGAAGACGUUACUCUGGACGGGAGGCCGCUCCAUUCGCUCCGGGUAGCGGAUUUGAAAGCGGCAUUGGAAGAGAGAGGGCUUCCGAAAAGCGGACAGAAGAAUGCUCUCAUCAAGAGGCUCAAAGGGGCUCUUAUGUUGGAGAACCUUCAGAAAACCUCCACUCAUCACAUUGGCCUGCAGCCUAACUCCCGGAUUGGGGAGGAAAUGAGUCAGAACAGCUUCAUUAAACAGUACCUGGCCAAACAGCAAGAGCUUCUCAGGCAGCGAUUGGAGAGAGAGGCACGAGAGGCAGCUGAAACUGAUGGAACAGACCAUGAAGACCACACAGAGGCCAAUGACAGUAUCUGUACUGCCCCUAACCAGGAGGUUGCUCCCUCCUUAGUCGACCAACACAAAGGAGGUACAGCAGUUGGGGUGACUGCAAGUGAGAGUGAAGAGCUCAAAGAAAAAGAAACACCCGGGCAGCCGUCCCCCUCCGCACCUGCCCAGCCUGGCGCAAUAGCUUCUUUGUCGGUGCGGGUUGUUGGUGAAAGAGGACCGACUUCAAGCCAUGUAAUGGCUGAUAGUGAUGAUGACAGUGAAGGUGGGGAUGACAAUGAUGGCGAAGAGGAAGAGUGGAACGUCAAAGCUCCACGGAGUCGUCGAGCACAGCCUCCAAAAAGCCAACCGGUGAGGGAAAGAUCUGGUGGCUCGCAGCAACAGCAGCAGCAGCCACCCCCCCAACAUAUACCUUUACUUUCACAGCAGCUCAGACAGCCCACUCCUCCCCCAUCUCCUCCUCCUGAACUCUCUUUCCCACUCCCAGACACCCCUAAACAGAGCCCCCCUAGUCCUGGAGAGCCCCCGUCUAGGCAGCGCAUAUCUAGCUCUUCGAGCUCUGGUAGUUCCAGUAGUGACAGUCGUAGCAGUAGCCCUGAACCAGCAGGGGACUCCACAGAACGCAGACCAGGCCCAUUGACCUUACUGGCACGCAAAAUGGAGUCUGAGGGAGCUUUCUCUGGGGCGGGAAAGCGUGAUAGGGAGGGAAUUGAUGGACAGAGAAGCCACCAAGAGGGAGUUGUGUCCGCAAUUACCCACACAGCUAAUGCAGCGUCAGUUCUGUCAUACCCUAGUUCAGUGAUCUCCAACCAAGGUGUUAGUGUUGUUAGGACAACAGUGACGGAGGAGAGUGAUGGCACGAAGCGGGAUGAGGGUAGUCAUCUUUUAUGGGAGCAAGAAAACAAAAAGAGGGAAAGGCAAGGGAAACAAGGAAGGCUGAAAGCCCUGGAGAAGGAGAGAGAGGAAAGGGAGAAGGUAUUGGAACAAGAGCGAGCACGAGUUUUGGAACGGGAAAGACUGGAACGAGAAGAAGGUCUGAAACAGGAGAGGGAGAGGGCUUUACAGCGAGAAAGGGAAGAGAAAGAAAAGGCCUUACAGCAGGAGAGAGAAGAACGAGAGAAGCAAGAAAAGGAGAGACUAGAGAGAGAGAGGCAGGAAGCUUUAGAGCAAGAGAGAUUGGAGAAAGAGAGGCUUGAGAAAGAAAGACAAGAACGAGAACAAGCCUUAGAGAGGGAGAGACUCGAGAAAGAGAGACAACAACAAGCUCUAGAGAAGGAGAGAUUGGAGAGAGAGCGGCUUGAGAAGGAAAGACAAGAACGAGAACAAGCUCUAGAGAGGGAGAGAUUGGAGAGAGAGCGGCUUGAGAAGGAAAGACAAGAACGAGAACAAGCUCUAGAGAGGGAGAGAUUGGAGAGAGAGCGGCUUGAGAAGGAAAGACGAGAACAAGCUCUAGAGAGGGAGAGAUUGGAGAGAGAGCGGCUUGAAAAGGAAAGACAAGAACGAGAACAAGCUCUAGAGAGGGAGAGAUUGGAGAGAGAGCGGCUUGAGAAGGAAAGACAAGAACGAGAACAAGCUCUAGAGAGGGAGAAAUUGGAGAGAGAGCGGCUUGAGAAGGAAAGACAAGAACGAGAAAAAGCUCUAGAGAGGGAGAGAUUGGAGAGAGAGCGGCUUGAAAAGGAAAGACAAGAACGAGAACGAGCUCUAGAGAGGGAAAGAUUGGAGAGAGAGCGGCUUGAGAAGGAAAAACAAGAGCGAGAACAAGCUCUAGAGAGGGAGAGAUUGGAGAGAGAGCGGCUUGAGAAGGAAAGACAAAAACGAGAACAAGCCUUAGAGAGGGAAAGAUUGGAGAGAGAGCAGCUUGAGAAGGAAAGACAAGAACGAGAACAAGCCUUAGAGAGGGAGAGACUCGAGAAAGAGAGACAAGAACGAGAACAAGCUCUAGAGAGGGAGAGAUUGGAGAGGGAGCGUCUUGAGAAGGAAAGACAAGACCGAGAACAAGCUCUAGAGAGGGAGAGAUUGGAGAGGGAGCGGCUUGAGAAGAAAAGGGAAGAACGAGAGCAAGCUUUGGAACGAGAAAGACAGGAAAGAGAAAAGGCUCUUGAGAAGGAGAGGCAGGAGAAAGAAAGGCAAGAAAGAGAGCAAGCUUUAGAAAGAGAGAGACUGGAAAGAGACGCUGCUUUGGAGAAAGAGAGACAAGAAAUUGAGAGGGCCAAAGAACAAGAAAGGCUGGAGAGAGAGAGGGCUUUGGAAAGAGAAAAAAACGAAAGAGAAGCUGCUCUGGAACGCAAGAGGCAGGAGCGAGAAAGACUUGAAAAGGAGAAAGCUUUGGAGGAAGAGCAUGAAAGAGAAGUGCAGAGAAAAGCAGAGCAAGAGCGAGCAUUGAAAAAACAGAGAGAGGAGCAGGAGACUGCUUUAAAAGAAGAGAAGCAGAGAGCCUUGGAGGAGAGGGAAAGACUUUUGGAGCAAAAAAGAGUGCAGGAGGAGAAAGAAAAGGCUUUGAAACACGAAAAAAAGGAGGAACAAGAGAAAGAAAGUCGUCUUCCUCCAUGGAAGCGUGGUCGUGAUAUCGGUGGUUUCUCGAGUCCAUCGGAGAAGCCAGAUGAAAGUAAGGCUGGGGAACCACAAAGCGCCGGCAAAGAUACUCAAUCUUCAGAGUCUGACCCACAACAGUCACCCACACUUGCAACACCACCAUCCCCUCAAUCUUCUUCCAAGAAGUCCCGCUUCCUUAGAGAUGCCCCUGUGACAGUUCCUCUCCCAUGCUCGCCAACGUCCGUGCUGAAGAGACCUCGUACUUUCUCAGACAGCCCGAUGUCACAAGCCCCCGCAAUUCCAUUAGCAUCUAAACCUGAGGAACUGGUGCAAGAAGAUGCCCAGCCCCCUCAAACAUCAGUCCUUGUUGCAGCACCCCAUGAGCUUGAGAGCAAGACCCCCAAGGUGGCCACCCAACAACAUGCACCACAAGAGGAAGAGAUGGAGACAUCAAAGAACAGCGUGGCAAGCAAAGACACUAAACAUGAGAUGUUCAGAAGAACCGAGGAUGAGAAGAAAAGAGGAAGGGAAAGGGUAAAGGAGGUGGAGAAAAAAGAAAGGAAAUCAUCAUCAUCUAGCGAUUCCUCUUCAUCCGACUCAGAUUCUGGGUCUUCAUCCUCCUCGCGCUCCUCCAGUUCAUCAUCAUCAUCAGAGGAGGAGAAAAGUCGUUCCACUUCAGGUGGUAGGAGGUCUAAACAGGCCCAGAAAGAUUCUUCAUCUCAGCCCACAGAAAAAGUUGGUCAAACUGUGAAUGAAAAGCUUCCUACAUCCCAGCGCAAAAAACGAGUCUUCUCAGAGCAGGAGGAGAAAGAUGUUUGCAAUGAGGAUGUCAUCCAAACCAAGAAACCCUGCCUUCAACAAAAAGAUGAGAAGAUGGAAACAAGAAGGAGAAAGGACAAUAUUGAGGAAGAUGACACUAACAAAGACACUACCAGAAGUGAGGUGAAGGAGGCUGUCAUGGCGGAGCCUGAGAAGGUUCCAGAGGGCAGUGAGGAGAGCACCACGCUAAAGACCUUCUCGGCCCGAAAGAUUUCUCUCGGCAGCAGCAAACCGUCUCCUGGGGUGGUGAGUUCGGAAGGGGAAGCGGAGACCGCAAGCGGUGCUAGUGCUGGCAGGAAGAGAAGAUGGGGCUCCAGUACAGCUGUCACUGCCAAGAAACCCUCCAUCAGUAUCACCACAGACUCUUUGAAGUCUUUAAUACCAGACAUCAAGCCUAGCUUGGGUCAAGAGGCUGUGUUAGACCUGCAUCCAGAGGAGAUUCAUCUCUCUGGGGAAGACGAAGGAGGAGAGAGGGGUGACCAAGAGCUGAAAAUUAGACGAACUGUAACACAGGUUGUGCCCUCUGACACACAAGAGAAUGGACAGAAAGAAACCAAAAGAAGUGAACAUGAGGAUGAGGAAGAAAGAAGUGAAGGGCGGGAUAGACUUAACCAGGAGGAAAAAAUGGAAGGCUCCAAUCAGGUUUCCAUGGAGACAGAGCCGUUGUCCCCUUGGCCAGAUGUAGAUAUGAAGACAGUCGCUCCCAGUGACACACUAAUUCGUCGUUCGAUUAGUCAGCAAAAGUCGGGAGUGAGUAUCACCAUUGAUGACCCGGUCCGCACAGCCAAACAACCCUCUCCUCCUCGUGGCAAGCUGUCUAACAUUGUCCAUGUCUGCAACCUGGUGAGGCCGUUUACCCUGGGGCAGCUGAAGGAGCUGUUGAACCGCACAGGGACUUUAGUGGAGGAAGGUUUCUGGAUUGACAAGAUAAAAUCUCACUGUUACGUCACAUACUCAAAUGCAGAAGAGGCGAUGGCCACUCGUACAGCAUUACACGGGGUUAAAUGGCCCCAGAGUAACCCAAAGUUCCUCAGUGUUGACUUCUGCAUGCAAGAGGAGGUGGACUUCCACAGGGGUUUGGGUCCAGCAGGAGAAAAGCCACCAGAGGAGCCCCGUGGGGCGGCAGCAGCUGGACCUGGCCGUCCGGUACCCCUGCCUCUCCUGCCGGAGCGUGACCAGUGGGCAGAACGAGAGAGGGAAAUGGAAAGGAGGGAGAAAUCGCGUGCAGAAAGGGAAUGGGACAGAGAUAAGGUGAGGGACUUCAGCAAACCCGGAGAGGAAGCUGGCGCCAGAAGAUCACGUUCACGAGAUCGUGAGAGGAGGCGCAAGGAAAGAGGGAAGAGCAAAGAGAGGAAAACCGAUAAGAAGGAAAAAGGACCCGAAGAGCCACCCGCUAAACUGCUGGAUGAUCUCUUCCGCAAAACCAAAGCUGCUCCAUGCAUAUACUGGCUCCCCCUCACUGAGGAGCAGGCCGCACAGAGGGUAGCGGCUCGUGCCGAGCGCAUGAGGGAAAGAGAGAAGAGGUGGAAGGAGAUGGAAGAGGAGGAUAAGAAACGUGAGGAGGAGCACCGGGAGAGGAUGAAGACCAGCGGGGCAGCCGGAGGGGACACUGAGAGAGACCGAGACAGAGGUCGAGAGAGGGAGCGAGAGGGGGACAAACGGAAGGAGGGAUAUCGCAGGCCUGGCGGAAACAGUGCAAGCGGGAGCAGGAGGUCCCGAAGCCGCAGCGGCCCUCUGCCCAGAGAUCGACGACGCUAGGAGAAGUCUGGAACAGUUCCGUUUGUAACCCCUGUUCUUGUAUGUGCUGUAACAGCUCUAUGCCUACCUUCCUGAGGACCAACUCAGACUUCAUACAAACACACACAUGCACACACACUCUGCGUAAAGACACACGGGUGCACACACACACAUUGGGACCACGGUGGUGCUGUGUCUCCAUAUAGACUCGUCUCAAUGUCUUUUGACUGGGCUUAAAGACUCCUGGUGUUCAUUUCCCCUCCUCAGUGUUAAUGGACUUCUGGUAUAAGUGGGUCGGACUGCAAGACAUUCUCCAGGUUUGGUGACGUCCUCUUUCUCCUUCAGUGUAACGUCAACACAGAUCUGAAAGAGUGAAGCUGUGUUCAGAAAGAGAUGCUCUGAAAGGCUUUAGUGUCACUUACAUUUUCCUCUUCUGUUUUCCUCACAUUCCUUGUAUCCUUUUUCCCUUCUAUUGUCUGCCUUUUAUGACACCUUUGUUUUUACCAGGUUGCCAUGGAUAAUGGGAUGCAUAUUUAACCUUUUCACAUUUGGUUUUUAAAUUUUUUAUUGUUUUAGCAUAAAGCUUAAUUUUGUUUUCUUUUAAUUUUUUGUUUACUCCUGUAAGUGCUGAAUGUACAAAUAAUAAAAAGGUUACAUCUAA